AUGAAUAUUGGAAAUAUAGACCAACAGGAAACAGAACUAGAGAAAGUUAUUGAGGAUACAGAACUUGAUGUAGAAGAUACUACCUGUAGGAUGGUCAAAUAUCUAGACCUUUCUAGUGAGGAAUCAGAAGAAGAGCAUUAUAACACCCUCAAGACCAAUUAGACAGCUGGAACAUCAGUUCAGCGUUCAGCCUGCAAAUCUAAAUGCUAAUCAUACCACAGAUUUGACUGAGCUCUUCGAUUUAACAUUUCAAAAAGGAACUAUUAAAAAAGAGCAAAAACAAAUCCCAAAGAAACCUCUCAAUCCUCUCUGCUCAGAAAUUGUCAACAUCAAUAAACUCCUCAAAUAGACAUAAUUUCACUCCCAUCACCGCCCCUCAAGACUCACUCUCUAAACUCUUCGAAGUCCUUACCAAAUUCGAUGCCCUAAAAUCAAAAUAAAUACCUCUCAAAUUCUCAACAAACCGCCUUCAUUCUUGAACAAGAAAACGCUGAAAUCAUCCCAAAUUCCACUUGAGUUCUUCAUAGUUCACCAAAACCAAUAAUCCCUUCAGAAGUAAAAGACCAGUUGAUAUCUCUGAGUGAGAAGAUACUCAAGAAGGACUCGUUGCUUAGAGAUCUUAAGAAAAAGUACAAGAUGAUAAAGGUGAAGGUGGAAGAGGUACAUGACCUUAAGAGAGAAAAUAAAAAGUGUGUAGGGUAUAUUAGAGAAAUUGAGAAAGAUAAAGAUGAGUUGUUGAGCUAUGCACAGAUGUUGGAAUCUAGGGUGGAGUGGUUUAAGAAGGCGUGUGAUAGGUCAAAUGUUGGAUUGGAGGAUAUGCGUUGUCAGAAUCAGUUUGGGUAUCAAAGAAAGUCCCUUGAUUGCCAGACUUCGAAUGAAUAUACUCUUUCAAGAGAAGAUUUCAGCUAUGUUAGUAAUAAGCGGAAGACUCCUGGUUAUUAUAGAUAAUUCAAUUUUUGCAAAA